AUGCCGAUUCCAACGCGCUCCCUUUCCCUCCGUGAGCCCCGUACCGGUAAGAGCCUUCUGCCGGUUCGUGACGAUGCCCGCUCUGCGAAGCCCUCUCGAAUUCAGCAGCCGGCAGAGACUCGCCUGUCCCAGCGACCGACCAAGAUCGGGGGAAAGGGGUCUCAGCAGCAAGGUGAACCUUCGACACGCGAAGCGACCGGGGCAAGUCGUCGCCAGAGCCUCAUUCGACCCAGUCCGCUGAAACCAGUUGGACCUGUGAAGCCAACCGCUACGCUAAGCACCCCUAAACAGGCCACUUUUGCACCAAGUCCAUUGUCCCCCUCCAAACAAGAACUAGCUCACAGGCAAAAUGGACGGCCCUUAUCUCCCAAGAAAGCAGAUAUGCCUCCCCCGUCGCUUCGACCCAGUCGCUCCGCUUCCUUACGACAGCCAGUCAAGCCCAGCUCCAGCACGCCGUCCAUCAGUCGCGGUCACGCGCGUCAUCGAAGUCAAGGGGUCACGCCCAAUGUGAGUCGAUUGAUAGGCAAAUUGGAGUCACCUUCACCGAGCACCAUAACUCCGACACGUCCGAGAGCUCAGAUUUCGUCUCAGCCGCAAGCUCUACUAUCAAAAAAGGCGGUCAACCCGGCUACAAAGAAUCUGACUGUCACCAUCUCCGAGGAUGCGGAUGCAUCUUCGUCACCCUCAUCCUGGCCCGAGCUUGCAGCCCUGCAGACAGAGCUUUUACAACUAAGCCUCACACACUCCUCAUCUCUUCAACAGAAGACGUCCUGGACGGCCGAGGUCGAAGCUCAACUCCGGAAGGACUACAACUCCGUGGCCACUAAAUACCGCGCCGCGCUCGCUGCAGAGCAGGAUUAUCAGACGAAACUGAAUGGACACGCACUGCAUUGCUGGUUUCGAAAUUCCGGUGAGCACAAUGGCCCACUCGGAUUUGCGGAGCAGAUUCGGGUACUCUCGCAGGUUGCAGAGGACGUGUAUAGGGUGACGGAGUCUCUGGAAGGACACUACACGGUGGCCGUGCAGAAAUUUGAAGAGUGGUUUCAGCGGGUGGAAGAGAUUCGGCACCACCGGCUGCUGCACCAUGAGCACGAAAUGUACGACGGCGUUUUCAUUGAUUCCUUAGACCGCACUUGGCAAGAAGAGGUGUCGGCUUUAUCUACAAAAUUGGACUAUUGCUCGCGGCAGCUACAAAGCCUGGACCUUCUGGGCUACGGAGAGUUGGAGCGAUUCGACGGCUCUGCGCUGUUUCGCAUGAUUAAGAACCUCGAGGAGACGGUGAACCUGAUGAUCGAGGAGCUGCACACAAUCCGUAAGAUUGAAGGCGACGUUGUAAGAGCGGAACGGGCAUGGGUUGGUCAACUUGCUCGGAAGCUGGUGAGCGCCAUGCCACCCCAAGAACAGCGACUGGGACUCUGGAAGGAACAGACCUCCAUGCAAUCAUGAUGAAUCAUUUGCAAUCACUUUUCUUUCCUGGCGGCGAAUCCUCUGUCUCACCCACCAUGGUUGAGAGGACAAAAUGUGCAGAGACCAACCUGUUUAUCAAUCAAGCAAUCCUUCUGGAAAUCAGUACACCGGAUCCGGACGAGAGACCGACUGCCGUAAGCGUUACCGGGCCUUGGAUUCGCCUGGCGGAACAUGGGGGGUCAAACCAGCAAUGCAUCAUGGGGUCAUCAAGGGACGAAAAACCGGUUCUGUCAGGCUCCGGGCCGCUCAUUGGGAGGCCUGGCUGGUUUCUACACUAGGUAGCCCUGCUCACUAGCUGCCUUGCGUCGCAAGCGAUCGGGCAACCCCUUCCAGGACUUCUGCAUAAAGCGACCCGGCUGUCAAAAGGGCCUGUCU